AUGGGUCAGCAUUGCUCAUGUAUCGAACACUCAACAAAACAUGAAAGACGGAAGUCUGAUGACGUUGAUAACGUGGACAUGGAGCGAGGUGACGAGGAGGAUGGCGAUCAGGAGCUGGAGGUACUGGUAGGUCAGGAUCAUACGCAGGAGAUCCACGAACUGUGUAGUACCCGAACACGAACAAAUUCUAGUUGCCGAAGCAAUCAACGAGGAUUAGUAAAUUGGACUGGAUCUUCUGUUGCUUUUGGAUUGAUAACAGACGUAGACAAGAAGGAAGAAGAUGAAGAAGAGCAAGAAGAGGAGAAGGAAGAGGAAGAGAAGUAUAGGCGGCGCUGUGUCAGCACAAGAUUGAUAGGGAUGGAUGCAGACUAUUGUCCAACGCCAUCAUAUUCACCGGAGGAAUUGUCAAUCUUGCUACGCUCGUAUCAAGAAGUCACAGGCGUGGUUGAUCAAGGACAACUCGAUCUUGAAUGCAUCAUGUGCUUAGACACGUUUUCUCAAGAUAACCCGAAGGUCCGCACGCUGUGCAGUUGCGGCAUGAAUCGCACAAACUUCCAUAUGAGUUGCUUGCUUGAGUGGCUCAAUCGUGACACCAAUUGCCCUGUAUGUCGCGACUACCUCUUUUUCGAGGACUAG